AGUAUUCCCCUCCAAGAUUUGGAUGGACCUCCACCGUCACCGUCCAGUCGACGCCGGCGGAGCUAACGAGGCGGCGGCGGUGGGCCGUGAUGACCCAUCAUCUUCUUAUUCCACCACCACCACCGCCCCACCCUACAAAUCCCUAGGUGGAGGAGGUAUGGCGGCGGCGUUUCCAUUCACAUGUGCACAGUGGAAAGAGCUGGAAAGACAAGCCAUGAUUUAUAAGUACAUGAUUUCCUCUGUACCGGUGCCCCCCAAUCUUCUCUUCCCACUCUCAAGAACUGAUAACUAUUCUCCUUCCUCCUUGGUGUACAAUGGUGGAGGGUAUUCGAAAAACGGAGAUCUGGAGCCCGGUAGAUGCAAGAGGACAGAUGGCAAGAAAUGGAGGUGUUCUAGAGAGGUGGCUCCCGGCCACAAGUACUGCGAGCGCCACCUUCACAGGGGCCGCCCCCGUUCAAGAAAGCCUGUGGAACUUGCUAAAAACGACGCCGUCCUUCUUCCUAACAAGAAAACACGCCUCCAACACCAACAUCUCCCAAUCUCCACUCCCACUACUUCCCUACACUUAGCUGCUGCUUCUGCAACAACAACAACUACUACACUUCCUAAAUCAGAUCCCACCAUUUCUUCUUACAAGGGUUUCAAUAGGGAUAUGGGGUUUGGAUUUGCAAACGAGGGGUCUUCAAUUUACGGCUCGACUCCCAUUUUCCAUCAAGAUUACUACAUGGAUCAACUCCAACUGAAUAUGCUUCCUUAUAAUCCAACCAUGGAAAUCGGGCCCCAAGCAACCGGUUUCAUCGAUGCUUGGUCAACUGACAAUCUCAAUACCAACAACCAAAACAACAAUGGCAGCAACGAAUACUCGUUAUCUUGGAUGAACCGUGGAGAUUUCUCCCCUUCGCUCGAUUUAUCCAUAGCCAUGGCUGCCGGGAACUUCAUAGACUCCGAAAUGGGGAAUGUCCGAAUGGGGGCCGAUCACGAAGAGAACACCAUCAAGGAUUCGGAUUCGAGUAUGCCGAGCCCUGUUUUUUGGGAGCCGUUUGGGAGAGGUGGGCCGCUUGCGGAGGCUCUGCAGGUAACUUCCCCUCGUGAAUGUUCUAUCGGCACGCCAGCUACUACUGUUUCAUCGCCUUCCGGGGUUGUUUAUAAUAAUAAUAAUAAUAGUAAUAGUAGAACUGAUCAUGGUAGUGUUUGCAAUAGCCCUACUUUCCACAGGUUCAGUUAGUUUUACAUUAGAAGAUAAGCAUUCUCUGUUUUUAUUUUUUUAACUGUUUUGUUAGAGGGAAUACAAUUACAGUAAGUUGAGCUUUAAUGUUGAAAAGCUGUGUUUGGAUGAGAGGACAUAUUAAUUUUGUAUCCCCACCACCAACUAUGGUCAUCUUCUUGAUUUAUUUAUCACCGGGCCAGUUUUAAUUUUUUU